UGGAGUAAAAUAUCGUUCCACGUUGUCGUUUUCAGUGAGAACAAGACCUUUACCGUUAACCAUUUUGCGUAUUUUGAUUGGCCAGAUCACACGGCGCCACUGAAUCCGAAGCCAACUAUCGGAACGUUCAAACUGGCACGUACACUAGCUGCCGGCAGUCCAAUCACCGUGCACUGUUCGGCCGGCAUAGGUCGAAGUGCCACGUUUAUCGCAAUCGAUUAUGCGGCACAAAAAAUUCGCGAAAAUUCGGAAGCGUCGAUGAUUGACGUUGUUAGAGAUCUUCGUAGUCAACGAUAUCAAGCAAUACAGUCGGCGAUUCAAUACGUUUUUCUACACAUUUGCCUAGUUGAAUACUUCGCUGAAGUAAGUCACAUAAGAGUUUUCUCCAUCAAAAAGAAAAGUCCACCAGUUCUCUUCUCUCAAAGAGGUAGUCACUAG